AUGUCUGUCAAAAUUACCGGUUACGAGACACACGAUGUCCGCUUCCCAACGUCUCUUACGGGCGAUGGAACGGACGCAAUGAACACGGAUUGCGACUAUUCUUCAGCAUAUAUAUCUCUGUUCACAUCUUCCGAUCUGGUUGGCCAUGGUAUGACCUUCACGAUCGGUCGGGGUAACGAUAUUGUCUGCUCCGCGAUCAAGGAGCUCGCCAGCCGACUGGUGGGCAAGGAUGUGGAGGAACUUUUUGCAAACAUGGGGAAGACAUGGGAAUAUUUGUGCGCUGACCCGCAAUUACGAUGGAUCGGCCCUGAGAAAGGUGUGAUCCACAUCGCUCUUGGUGCGGUCGAUAAUGCGCUUUGGGAUAUGUACGCCCGCUCGCGAAAUAAGCCAUUAUGGAAGCUGGUGGUAGACAUGACUCCCGAAGAACUCGUCAGUGCGACAGCAUUCCGUUACAUCACCGACGCAAUCACACCUGAGGAGGCACUUGAGAUGCUCAAGGCGAAAGCCGCAACCAAGGCGGAGAGGGAGUCGACAGUACGCGAACUAGGAUAUCCCGCGUAUGUUACUUCCGCCGGAUGGUUGGGGUACAGCGACGAAAAGGUUGCACGGCUUACUCGUGAGGCGGUUGAGGCGGGUUUCAACCACUUCAAGAUGAAGGUCGGCGCGGAUCGCGAUUCGGACCUCCGGCGAGGCAAGAUCAUUCGCUCAAUCAUCGACGACCCGCAGUACCUGCCAGCGGGCAAAAAGCCUCGGGAUCCCAACAGCCCUGAGCUUAUCGGGAAGAACGCCGGCCCUACGGGCAGUGUGUUAAUGAUCGAUGCAAACCAGGUAUGGGAUGUCCCACAAGCCAUUGAGUAUGUCAAGAGUCUGGAGGAGAUAAAGCCUUGGUUCAUUGAAGAACCUACUGCUCCUGACGAUAUUCUCGGCCAUGCUGCGAUUCGCAAGGCGCUCAAGCCGCACGGCAUCGGCGUUGCAACUGGCGAGCACGCGCACAAUCGAAUGGUCUUCAAGCAGCUCUUGCAGGCAGGUGCGAUCGAUGUGUGCCAGAUUGACUCCUGCCGCCUCGCAGGCGUCAGUGAAGUUCUCAGUGUUCUGCUCAUGGCCGCGAAAUUUGGCGUCACCGUGUGUCCACACGCAGGCGGCGUUGGUCUUUGCGAAUACGUGAUUCACCUAAGUCUCAUCGACUAUAUCGCUGUCUCCGGGACGAUGGAGAGAAAUGUCCUCGAGUUCGUUGACCACCUCCACGAGCACUUCCUGUACCCGUGCUCCAUCAAUCAGAACGGCCGCUACAAUGUGCCAAGCGCCGCUAGUGAAGGGUACAGUAUCGAGAUGCAUAAGUCGAGUAUCGCAGAGUACGAGUGGCCGCAUGGUUCAUACUGGGUGAACUCACCUAAGGUCAAGGGUCAGCAGUAA